GGUGUUUUCGGCCUUUCGCCACUCUUGUGUGUGCAGGCACUACUGAAUCGUGUAGGUUACAGCCCUGAAAUCAGCCAUGGGGUACUGGUAGAAAUGGCCGAACACAAGAAAGAGUUGGAGAAGAAAACUUUACCCAUCAUUGAUACUUUGAAAAGCUACCAAGACUUGCCUCCUGAUAAAGCAUUGGCUUCUCUCGCCAUUGAAGACAAGCGAAGACAAUUUGCUGCUGCGGAGAAAUAUCUUGAAGAGGUCUUGCAGUCUGUGGUUUCUGCAACAGAUUAAGUUCGUCUCUACCUUAUGCCAUGUUUUAGUUGGUUUUUUUUCGAAUAAUGUCAACAUCUACCUUGUUGAUGGUAUUGUAUUCGAGCCUAAGUCAAAAUUUGGGGUAAUACAACUUAUUAAGUUUACGAUGAGGGUUUUUACUAUUCUUGAGCGCCUAAGUGUAGGUAUUUGUUAAAGAAUGAAAUUGUGUUUGGGAUUUACUAAGCAUGUAGUGCAACCCUCAUGUUGGAAAG